GCCUGCGUGCUCUCACUGGGCUGGGGAGAGGAGCGGCUUUAGGGUGCGAGGAAAUAUGCCACGAGAGGCGAUGUGACAGCCAGAGACAGACGCACACUGACACAAAGUUCCCCCAGUCGGACUGGAGUAUUGCUGGGCUACUACUGCUGCAGCUGAUCUGUUGUAACGGAGAAUGAAGGGCCUCUACUGACCUGACGGUUCAGCAGCUCAGUUCAGCGCUCUCAUUUCUUCUUCCUCUCUUAUUUCACUCUGCUUAUGGACAAUGGGAUUUUAACCAUGUGGCAGAUAGCUGAGCAGUUACCCUGGAUUUCGCUGACACCGCGCCUGAGUUCCGCUUGAGAGGAUGGAAGCGCUGGAGUCAGAGCUGACUUGCCCAAUCUGCCUCGAGCUCUUUGAGGACCCACUGCUCCUGCCCUGUGCCCACAGCCUGUGCUUUGGCUGCGCCCAUCGCAUCCUGGUAUCCCACUGUGCCUCCAACGAGCCCGUCCAGUCCAUCGGAGCCUUCCAGUGCCCCACCUGCCGCUAUGUCAUCUCUCUCAGUCCGCAGCGUGGCCUAGAAGGACUGAAACGCAACGUCACCCUCCAGAACAUCAUCGACCGCGUCCAGAGGGCCGCCUCCUCCGGCCCCCUGGCCCUGCUGCCCCACAGCGGGCCCAACUCCCCAAGCGAGGACGCCGGGCGAUUCGCCCUGGCCCUGGUCCCCGCCUCCACCGCCAUGACCAGCCCCGGGACGCCGCCCAGCCACGUGCAGUGCCAGUUCUGCGAGCAGGACCCGCCGCAGGAUGCCGUCAAGACGUGUGUGACGUGCGAGGUGUCAUACUGUGACGAGUGCCUGCGCGCCACGCACCCCAACAAGAAGCCCUUCACGGGCCACCGUCUGAUCGAGCCCAUGUCGGACUGCCACCUGCGGGGGCUGCAGUGCCUGGAGCACGAGGAGGAGAAAGUGAACAUGUAUUGCGUCACCGACGAACAGCUCAUCUGCUCUCUGUGCAAACUGGUAGGAAGACACCGAGACCACCAGGUGGCGGCCUUGAGCGACCGCUACGAGAAACUCAAGCAAGCGUUGGAUUCCAACCUGAGUCAUUUGGUCAAGAGGAAUAAUGAGUUGGAGGGGUUGAUGGGAAAGUUGAUCCAAACCUGUCAACAUGUAGAGGUCAAUGCAUCGCGGCAGGAGGGAAAGCUGAUGGAAGAAUGCGACCUCCUGAUUGACAUCAUCCAGCAAAGGAGACAGAUCAUUGGGACCAAAAUCAAGGAGGGGAAGGCGGUCCGGAUCAGGAAGCUAGCCCAGCAGAUCUCCAACUGUAAGCAGUGCAUCGAGAGGUCCUCUGCUCUCAUCACCCAGGCCGACCAGACCCUGAAGGAGACGGACCACGCCCGCUUCCUCCAGACCGCCAAGAGUAUCACCGAAAGGGUUUCCAUGGCGACCGCCUCCUCUCAGGUCCUGAUUCCAGAGAUCAACCUGACGGACACGUUUGACACGUUCGCUCUGGACUUCACCAAGGAGAAGAAGCUGCUGGAGAGCCUGGACUACCUCACAGCGCCAAGUCCUCCGGGCAUCAGAGAAGAGCUCUGCACGGCAUCGUACGACACCAUCACCGUCCACUGGACCUCAGACGACGAGUUCACAGUGCUUUCCUAUGAGCUCCAGUAUGCUAUCUUCACAGGGCAAGCCAACGUUGUCAGCCUGUGUAACUCUGCAGACAGCUGGAUGAUUGUGCCUAACAUCAAGCAGAACCACUACACCGUCCACGGCCUGCAGAGCGGCACCAAGUACAUCUUCAUCGUCAAAGCCAUCAACCAGGCAGGUGCCCGCAGCAGUGAGCCAGGGACACUCAAAACCAACAGCCAACCUUUCAAGCUGGACCCCAAGUCCGCCCACAAGAAGCUGAAGGUCUCCCAUGACAACCUGACGGUGGAGCGCGACGAGACGGCAUCGAAGAAGGGACACGGCCAGGAGCGCUUCACCAGCCAGAGUAGCUACGGCGUCGUCGGCAACGUUUACAUCGACAGCGGACGCCACUACUGGGAGGCCCUGAUUGGAGGAAGCACAUGGUAUGCGGUGGGCAUCGCCUACAAGUCGGCCCCCAAGCACGAGUGGAUUGGCAAGAACUCGGCCUCCUGGGUCCUGUGCCGCUGCAACAACUCGUGGGUGGUGCGUCACAACAGCAAGGAGCUGGCCAUCGAGCCUUCGCCCCACCUGCGCCGCGUGGGUGUCCUGCUGGACUACGACGCCGGCUCGCUUACCUUCUACGACGCCGUGGGCUCGCAGAACCUGCACACGUUCCACGUGUCCUUCGCCCAGCCCGUGUGCCCCGUCUUCAACGUGUGGAACAAGUGUCUGACUGUGCUCACGGGUCUGCCCAUCCCCGAACACCUAGAAGGGUUGGAAACCCAGGACUGAGACCCCCUGGGAACUAGAGUUCCACCGGGCCAAAUCAGACUAAAUUGGGUUGGGUUAGGUUAGAUUAAGCCACCUCCAAGGCACUUUGGGCCACUAUGAACUAGAAAAGGCCAUCCGCAAACUUGAAUCAUCACAGAAAAUGUCAUGCUACCACCUCAUUUUGUUUUAGGCACUUUGGACCAACCCUUGGGCCAACGUCAAUCGCACAGACCACCCUCGAUUCAACCACAGACCGUUUGACCACAGACCGUUUGACAAUAGACCGUUUGACAAUAGACCGCUCUUUGCAAUGGGAAAGAAGGAAAGAGCUACGUAGCUGUACAGUUGUGAAUUAUAGCUUUGCCCAACUCCCACCUUCAUGAUUAUGGAACUAAAGUAGCCAUGAAUUUAAAUGUUUUUACUACCAUUUUCUUGUGCUUAUAUGACAGAUAUUAAUUAUUGAAGUGUAAGAAAAUAGCCUAGAUACAUUUCCAUAUGCACAUCUUCCCUUACAUUUACACAUUGUUCAUACGUUAUUUAUGGUCAGUUUACCAGACAUAGGAGACAUUUAUAAAUCUAGGGAAAUUAUUUUGAUGCAAUUUAUCGAUGUUACUUUCUAAUCUCGAACAAGUAUUGUGUCCUAAUACAUGAAUGUGUAAAUUAUACAUAUUUUGUGACAACAUAAUUACUUUCUUCCUUAUAGUACCUUAAACCCACAAGUGUAAAAGUACUGUUGCAUUUUAGACAAGCAAUUGCAUUGCAUUUUUUUAAAUAUUUUUGUCAUGUUUUGUAAUGGGAUAGGUCCUUUGUAGUUCAGCCAUGCAUGUUAGUGAGUAUAUCUCAGGUCCAUUCCAAAUCUUGUUUUCAUCCAUGGAAAUAAUGCAAACUACUUUGUCCUCUCCUGAGUGAAUACUCACUUCCUACUGUACUUAGCAGGUGUCACAAACCCGAACUGAAAAACACUUCCACUUUGCUGUUAAGUACAGUGACGACGCGACUAAUACAAUCAUCACUCUCAUUUCACUGACAAACUCAGUCAUUAUUUCACCAAGGUCGAUGCCACCACGAGCCACAGCUUGACCUCACGCUUGACCACUGUAUGACCCAGUGACCAUGAACUCAAAUGUUGUAGGAUACGUCUCUCUACCACACACAGGCACUCCAUGAUGUACAUAACAUAUUAUGUUCUCUUUUACUCUUGUCUUCUUUCAAAAGAAGGACCAUCUGGAUAUUUUACAGAUAAUCGUUUUGUUUUUAAAGGAACAAAAUGGAUCUGUUCACUCAUUAAUUUGUGUCUUAGGUUUGGGAUGAUCCUUUCCUUGUAAUGGAUGCAGCGAUUAUCUGCUCUUUAAUGUUGCCACAAAAAAAACGGUUUCAAUUCAGAUGUACGUUUGAAUCCGGUGGACACUAUUUUAGGAAAGAGGAUCGGAAUGCUUGUGUCACUGUACAAAUAUGAAGUAGCAUUUGUCGAUUGUCAAAGGUUCAAUAAAGUGAGAUACGUUUUAACUUGA